GCUGCGCCAGCGCCAGCGCCAUGACAGUGGGCGGGUGCAGCAGCAUCUGUGGAGCGAGGGUCGAGAACCUUCUUCAGUCUUGCUCCGCUCUGUAAUCUCUGCACUCGCCCUCGCCUCAUCCCAUCCAAUCCCGCCUGGAGGACCAGGCGCUCAUCACGGAGUGACUGUAGUAGAGUUUAGGAGCCGUUACUGUGGACGGAGAGACGGGGACGUGAGCGGCCAUUGAGGGUGGCCAAGGUGCCGGUGACCCCCCACAUCUGUUCGGUGUGCGGGCUGAGCUUCGACGGAGGACCACAUGAUGGGGCACCAUAAGGGGAAGCGUUGUGAGUGCGACGUGUGUGGUAAGACUUUCCCGGCCCCGAGCCAGCUGGAGAUCCAUCUGCGGCAUCACACGGGAGAACGCCCCUUUGUCUGCUCAACGUGCGGCAAGAGCUUCGCCCACUACAGCAACCUGCUGCGCCACAACCGCGUGCACUCCGAAGAGAGGCCCUUCACUUGCUCCGACUGCGGCAAAGGCUACAAGUCAUCCUCGGAACUGAAAUCGCACAGGUUCCUGCACACCGGGGAGCGGCCCUACACCUGCAGCGACUGCGGCAAGGGCUUCGCCCGCUUCGACGGCCUGCAGAAGCACCAGCGCACCCACACUGGCGAACGCCCCUACACCUGUGCCCAGUGUGGCAGAGGCUUCACCCAGUCCAGUCACCUGCUGGACCACCACCGCACCCACACCAGUGAGCGCCCCUACACCUGUGCCCAGUGCGGCAAGGGCUUCACCCACUCCAGCAGCCUGCAGCAUCACCAGCGCACCCACACCGGCGAGCGCCCCUACACCUGCGCCCAGUGCGGCAAGGGCUUCACCCGCUCCACCAGCCUGCGUUACCACCAGCGCACCCACACCGGCGAGCGCCCCUACACCUGCGCCCAGUGCGGCAAGGGCUUCACCACCUCCAGCAGCCUGCUGGUGCACCAGCGCACCCACACCGGCGAGCGCCCCUACACCUGCGCCCAGUGCGGCAAGGGCUUCACCCACCUCCACCGGUCUGCGGUACCACCAGCGCACCCACACCGGCGAGCGCCUCUACACCUGCACUCAGUGCGGCAAGGGCUACACUGCCUCCACCGGUCUGCUGUACCACCAGCGGGUGAACGCCGGCGACUGUCCCUUCCCCAGCCCGGUGCGUGGAGAGCGCUUUGCCGUGGCCUCCCACGCCCUGUCUCACCAGCACGUGCGCACCAGUGGUCCGCCCUACGACUGUCCGUACUGUGGUGAGGAGUUUGACAGCUCGCGGGGGUUGCGGCAGCACAGGCGGACCCACGCCGGCGAGCAGCUGCUCCCACUGUGACAAGAGAGCACGGGGGCUGGGGGGGGGCACCAGUGGAAACACACCGGAGAGAGACCCUUUGUGUAGCAAGGAUUUCACCCGUAUGUCCAGCCUGUGGCAGCACCGGCGUACUCACAGCGGUGACCAUACCUUCCCCUGCCCGUCCUGUGGUGAAGGCUUCACCCGCCUUGCCAAGCUGCUGGAGUCCCGGUGAGUCCACACCGGCCAGCGCCCCUUCACCUGCUCACUCUGUGGCAACGCCUUUACCCGCUCCUCCAGCCUGCUGGCACACCGCCACAUGGAUAGGUGCUGUUUAGGUAAAGACAAAAUGCUGGAAGGAAUGGGUAACGCAUCGGGUCGUUUCUUCAGUCAUCCUUUCCACCUCUCCAGAGAUGCUGUCUGUCCCGCUGAGUUACUCCAGCACUUUGUGUCUGUAAAUAAGUGAUCAAACACACUUGUACUUUACACUAGUCUUUAAUGAGAACACAGGGUUAAACACACAUCAGCAGUCACUGUCUCCAGUCUGCUACUGUACCGUGCAGAAGGAGAAGAAGGCGUUAUUAUAAUUGGUAACUAAAGGCAAGGUAAGGCAAGUUUAUUUGUAUAGCACCAUUCGUGCAAACAGCAAUUCAAGGUGCUUUACAGGAAAGAAAAAAAAAAUAGUCAAUAAUUAAAAAUUGCAAAACAAGCAAUACGACAAAUGUAUGAAUAAUAAAACAACGUCAAUGAAACAAUAAAACAAUUUUAAAAAGCA